AUGACCCCCCAACCCCCGGCAAUCCCUCCCUGCCUCACUCCUCCACCUCCACCCCAGCCAGGUCCUGUCUACGCCUCUGGGGUUAAGAAGAAGACUUCCAUUGUAGACUGUGAUCAAUUUGUGGAAUACUUUGUCUCUUUGUUGCGCUCCCCCCACUUUCCUCCUGCCCUAACCACCCCAGAGAGUGCAGAGAGCGCUGAGGCUCAUACCAGGGCAACAGGCCCUAACCCUGGAGGGGAGAAGAUGAGGGGUGACUCAAAAGGUCAUGCCAUCGCCAUAGUGGCGGCAUUACCCAACCCGCUAAAAAGGAAGCUAUCCCUACAGGAACCCGAGGACAGAGACCCCUGGAACUACGAGAGCCGACAGUUCACUCCCAACUCCAAACCUAACCCCAACUUCAAACCUAACCCAAACUUCCAGAACCCUGACUCCAAACCUAACCACAACUUCCAGAACCCUGACUCCAAACCUAACCACAACUUCCAGAACCCUAACUCCAAACCUAACCACAACUUCCAGAACCCUAACUCCAAACCUAACCACAACUUCCAAAACCCUAACCCUAAACCUAACCCCAACUUCCAGAACCCUAACUCUAACCCCAACUUCCAGAACCCUAACUCCAACUCUAACCCCAACUUCCAGAGUUAUACCCCCACUACCAAUGCCACACUAGCCCAGGGGGGUUACACUGGAGGGGUUACCGUUUCUUCUAGCCCUAACCCCACUGACCCACAGCCCCCAGAGAUUCUACCUGGUUACACCUACCCUGGUUACACCUACGCUGGUUACACCUACCCUGGUUACACCUACCCUGGUUCAGGUUACGCUGGAGUUGUCAGUGUUAGUCAGUUCACUUCCAACUCCCCCAUUAACCCUAUCCCCAGCCCCAGUAACACACAGUCACAGCCACAGGCAAGGUGGUCUGGGGGCAACUGGGGAACAGGCUACCCAGGGGCAGGCUAUGUUACAACAGGUCUAGCUGGUACUUCCUACCCUGGAGCUGUCUCUUCUGGAAGUGGACCUGGCUACCCUGGAGUUCUGCUCUACCCAGAGAUGGGCUACUCAGACAUGGACUGCCGUGGACAGGCUUACCCUAGGUCUGGGACUGGACUCGGCUCUACUGGGACUGUUAUGCCCCCAGGAAGCCUCUACUCUACCACACCAUCUCCAGCCAACCCCAGCUAUUUGGCCUUGACCCAGCCAUCACUUGACCCAGCCAGCUACUCCGCCUGGACUGCUACUGACACCGGGGUUGCCAUUGAAACCAGCACAGCAGAGUAUCUGCCACGCCCUCAGUGAGGACCCCGCCAGCCUGGAUUUCCUUAACGUGAAGCACUGACUGCUGGACAAUCGCUGGACAUGGAGGAGACGUAUACACACACACAGAUUGAUAAAGUAAAAUUUUGUUACCGAAUGUCAGUUUUAAAAUGAACAUUCUUGGUUUUCCUCUAUUUUGUAUUACUUAAAGGUAACCCUCUUGCCAGAGCUUGAUCUGUCGCUGGUGGCUCAGCAGAAGUAGUUACAUCCCUGUGGGAGGGGCCUAAUCUUGUCAGAAUAAACUCCCAUCCAAUCACUUGAAAGCUGUUUAGUUUCAAUGACUACUGAUUGUGGCAUAAGAGGAGCAAACAAUAUUUUUUUAUGUUUACUACUAUUUUUUUUUACAUUUACUUUUUUAAAGAUACAAGACAGUAUAUUUUAAUUGCAAACCAAGCGAAUGUUAUACUCAAGCAAUGUUCACCAUUUAAAUAAGGCAUAAAAGAUUCAGUUGAUGUUGAUGUUUUCUUGAAUGUGGAUUAUUAUGUUUAAUGUGAAUAUUAUUUUUGUAUCUUAUACGUUGGUAGCCCUUUACUCUCGUACCCGUAUACAGAUUUGGGGCACUAAUAAGCUCCUACAUUGGAACGUAGUGGCUUUUCAGUAACGUGCUAUACAUGACGUCAGAGUUCUGUCUGUGUGCCUCACAGCGCUGUAUGGGUUUUGACUGACAGACGUUCUGAACUUGAGCACCGUGCGCAACAAGAAGUUGCCCCUAUCCCUCCCGGUAACUGGCCAACUUUUGAAAUGUUUUUGUUGUCUGAGUGAGCAAAAUGCUAUAAAUUGAGAUUACUUGUAUUUUGAAAUAUGAGAAUUUGAGUAUUAUAAUAAAUACCGCUUUGAUGUCA